CGUGACGUAGCAACAUCAGUGUACUCAUCAUCAAGUACUUGCUUGUUUCUUAUCCCUUUCUAACCAAACCAAUCGAACUAAUUCAAAGCAUUCUCAUCGGUGUCCCGCAGACGUGACUGUAGAAUAUCAACCAGAGAAGCACGAUCCCCUUAAACAGGAGGAGGAGAAGAUGUCGUGUAUGAAACAGGAGACGGAGCCAGAGACUCCCUUCAUUAAAGAAGAAGAACAGGAAGAUGAAAUCCCCAAGUUUCCAAUGGGUGUUCGUGUGAAAAUAGAAGAAGACGAAGGUCCAAGCGAAGAAGGCGGAUCAGCGAAACAUUCGAGUGACGGCUCAUUUCAACACCUGACAACAAGAAGAGAGAGACGAUCGCAACCGGACAACCUCUUGGCUCCGGUUUCGGACAGCGACGACGUAACAUCACACUCUUCUGACACUGACACUGAUGAGGAGGAUGUUGACUUUGACCAAAAUACUUUGAAAUCCUCAAACAAGUCAUCGUUGAAAAGAGAGAGAAAAACACGCUUUGUUGGGAAACCUUUUCCCUGCUCAAUUUGCGAGAAAAGAUUUUCUUUGAAGACUGAUUUAGUAAAGCAUCAUCGUACACACACUGGAGAAAAGCCAUAUGUCUGCACAUGUUGUGGUAAAGGAUUCACCCAGAGGGGAAAUUUAAACAAACACAUUAGCACACACACUGAAGAGAAGCCUUUUGCCUGCUCCAUUUGUGAUAAAAGGUUUUAUUGUCAGAUUCAGUUAACAAGACACAUAUGUAGACACACUGGAGAGAAGCCUUAUGCCUGCACAUUUUGCGACAAAAGAUUUUCUCAGAAGAUUAUUUUAGAAAGACACACGCGUAUACACACCGGAGAAAAGCCUUUUGUCUGCACAUUUUGUGGAAAAAGAUUCACCGAAAAGGGAAAUUUAAACAAACACACAAGCACACACACUGGAGAGAAGCCUUUCGCCUGCCCCUUUUGUGAGAAAAGAUUCCGUCAGAAGGGAACUUUAAACAGACACAUAACGAUACACACUGGAGAGAAACAUUUUGCCUGCGCACUUUGUGAUAAAACAUUCGCUGAGAAGGGACAUUUAAUAUCGCACUCAAGAAGCCACACUUGGGAAAUAUCUUUGAAUUGCAAUGUGUGACAAAAUACUAAGAUUUCAGCCAAGCAUUAGUAUUCAAUUUCCUUAUCCAGUUUCCAUUGAGCCCCUUUUGAAAAAGUUGUUGAAACGAUUUUGCAGGUCCUGCUCUAUUUCACAACUAUUAAAUUACAUACUGCUUACUAAAGCCCCAUUUAGACUUAUAUCCCGGUAAAUUCCCGUGUAAAAUGGUAAAUGGACAGUACUUAUAUAGCGCAUUUAUCUGCAUGGUUACCAUGCCCAAAGCGCUUUACAUUAGCACACAUUUACCUGUUAACGUACACAUUCACACACCAAUGGGGCUGCUGCCAUGCAAGGUGCUGUCAACCCAUUGGAGGCAAAUCAGGGUUCAGUGCCUUGCCCAAGGGCACUUCGGCAGUGGGCAGUCAUAGCCGGGAAUCGAACCACUAACCCUUUGGUCCAAGGACAACUCCAGCUAUCAACUGCGCCACAGCCGACCAAUGUUUCGGUGAUGCGGGAGUUAGCCGUGUCAUGUCUUUCACACAUGGGGAAAUGUCCCGGAAAUAAACUAGGUGUGUGUCAUUAGAAAAAGUUGUCGAAACGAUUUUGCAGGUCCUGUUGAACUCUCCAA